GCCACCAGCGGAUUGCACCCACGUGGUUAAAACUUAGCUGCCUGGAGCUUCAGCGGCUUGGCAUGGCAUCGGAGAAGAAGGGCCGGGGCAGCGUUCUCUUUACCGGGUACCGCUCUCUGGGCUUGUACAGUAACCACAUUCCCCAUGUAGUCAGGUACCACAAGAGGCACAAGGAGUUCUACCUGGUCACCGCCGUGGGGAAAAGCUUCCUCACUUACAAUGUGAACAGACUUGGCCAAGUUGCUGUCAGCAAUGCUCUUCCAGAAGACAUUAGCUGUCUGGCUGCAGAUCGAAUGCUGGUAUAUGCAGCUCAUGGGAACCUUCUUAAAGCAUUUGCCAAGAACAAAGAGGUAGUUCACACGUACAGUGGACAUGAGGCAGAAAUUCAUCUGGUUCUGCCAUUUGGUGAUCACGUAAUAUCUGUGGACACGGAUAAUAAUCUCAUCAUUUGGGAUGUUGAGUCGGAAGAGGAGUACUUGCAGCUGAAUUUUGACAGAAGCAAUUUUGGUAUCUCUGCAAUAAUGCACCCAAGUACCUACUUAAAUAAAAUUCUUUUGGGGAGCCAGCAGGGAACACUUCAGCUGUGGAAUGUCAAAUCCAACAAACAUCUGUAUACAUUCAAAGGCUGGGAAACUGGUGUUACUGUUCUUCAGCAGGCUCCAGCAGUUGAUGUGGUGGCUGUUGGGCUGACAAGUGGUAAAAUUAUUGUACACAACAUCAAACUUGAUGAAACACUGAUGACUUUUCAUCAAGAUUGGGGCCCUAUUACUGCAAUAUCCUUCCGAACAGAUGGACAUCCAAUAAUGGCAGCUGGGAGCCCCAUUGGUCACAUAGGUCUGUGGGAUUUGGAGGAAAAGAAACUGAUGAGCCAGAUGAGGGAUGCUCAUUCCACGGCUAUUGCUGGUCUAACAUUUGUUCAUGCAGAACCCUUGCUCAUUACCAAUGCUGCAGAUAAUGCAUUACGGGUGUGGAUCUUUGACGGCCCAGGGGGCCAGGGGCGCUUACUCAGGUUCCGCAUGGGUCACAGUGCUCCACCCACUUUCAUUCGACAUCAUGGUCUAGAUGGCAAGCAGAUCCUCAGUGCAGGUCAAGAUGGGACCUUGCGUACAUUUUCCACAGUUCAUGACAGUUAUAAUAAAAGCCUUGGCCAUGGUUCUAUAAAUAAAGCCAAAGCUAAAAAAAUGGGCUCACGUGGAGCAUCUUUAAGACUUCCUCCUAUCAUAUCAUUUGCCUCUGAGACCUCACGACAGAAUGACUGGGAUGGUAUCAUUGCAUGUCAUCAGAAUUCACUAAGGUGUACCACUUGGAAUUAUGUGAGGUCUACUAUGGGAGCUCACAAGCUAAUGCCACCCGAUCUCAAGAAUACCAAGCCACGGGACAUUUAUGCAACAGCUGUAGAGUUAACCAGUUGUGGCAAUUUUGUGGUGAUUGGCCUGUCGAAUGGCAAUGUGGAUGUAUAUAAUAUUCAGUCUGGAAUUCACAGAGGCCACUAUGGAAAAGACACAGCCCAUGAUGGUUCAGUUAGGGGAUUGGCUGUAGAUGGCUUAAACCAGAUGGCAAUCACUGCUGGCAGUGACCAAAUGAUCAAGUUUUGGAAGUUCAAGUCAAAAGAGUUGAUUCAAAUUGCGGACCUCAUCGCUUCCCCAACGGCCAUAUUACUUCAUAGAGAGAGUGGAAUGUUGUCAGUUUCCCUCGAUGACUUCAGCAUUACCGUUUAUGACAUUGAAACAAGAAAACUUGUCAGACGGUUUCCUGGACACAAUGGAAAGAUAAAUGACAUGACGUAUAGCCCAGAUGGCCGAUGGCUAAUGACUGCAUCUAUGGAUUGUACAAUCAAAGUCUGGGACUUUCCAUCUGGAUGCCUCAUUGACUGUUUCCUGUUGGAUUCAGCUGUCGUUAGUCUCACAAUGUCCGUUACUGGAGAUUUCCUGGCCACUGCUCAUGUCGAUGACCUUGGUAUUUACCUGUGGUCAAACAAAUCUCUAUUUUCUCUGAUCUCCUUACGCCCACUUCCAUCAGAUUAUGAAUAUCCAGGGGGUAAAAAUGAACUAGAAGUAAGGGAAGACUCCAGUGAAGAUAUGAUGGAAUAUGAUUCUCCAGAACAGUUAGCAGAACAGCUGGUGACCUUAUCACUAUUAGCCGAGUCAAGAUGGAAGAAUCUCCUAAACCUUGACGUCAUUAAGAGAAGGAACAAACCCAAAGAGCCACCAAAAGUGCCUAAAUCUGCACCAUUUUUUAUCCCAACACUUCCAGGACUUGUUCCACGCUUUGGUUCUGAGAGCCAGGCGGAAUGUCCUCAAUCUAGAAUUGUCAAUCUUGGAGUUCUCGAGCAGAAAUCUACUUUCUGUGUCCAGCUUGAAGAAGCCCUUGAUCACCAAAACUAUGACAUUCCACUGAAAACAAUAAAGGAGAUGGGACCUUCCAGCAUUGACACAGAGAUCAGAAACUUGGCUCCAGAGGGCGGCGGUUCUGUUGCAGUGAUGCAAAGCUUCUUAAAGAUGAUUGGCAGAAUGUUAGACACCAAACGGGAUUUUGAGCUUACCCAGGCCUACCUUGCUUUAUUCCUAAAGAUCCAUCUACGGUUCAUUUCAGCCGAGCCAAAGUUAUUAGAAGAGAUUUCCACAUUAUCAUCACAUCUAGACGAGACGUGGCGGCAGAUUCAGACCUUGUUUAAUCAGAGCUUGUGUGUUCUAAACUACAUGAAAAGUGCUUUAUUAUGAAACAUGCUUUGUGUCAUGGCUGCUCAGGGUUUGUUGCUGUCAUUUUUAGGAAUGCAAAGACU